GCUUUUUGCGGUUGUGGCAAAAUCUCCCAAAGCUCAAACCCCUCUCUCCUCCCCCCACGAAAUUCGAAAUUUCCCCACUUUCACUCCCCCAAGCCCCCAAAUGGCCGCUCCGCCGCCGGUGCUCACCUUGGCGGUGGAGAAGGGUCCGCGCAAGGGAGAGAUCUGCCAGUGCAGCGCUGGAUCCGCGCUCCGUGUCGGGCGCGUCAUCAAAGGCAACCACUUUGCCGUGCGCGAUAAGGGCGCAUCGCAGCAACAUCUCUCCAUCGAGUUCCUCCCGCCGCCCGCCGCCGGAUGGGUCGUCUCCGAUCUGGGAUCCUCCAACGGCUCCUUCCUCAACGACGUGCCCCUCGCGCCCUUUGUUCCCACCCCGCUUUCCCAUGGGAACCUGAUCAAGAUCGGCGAGUCCACCGUGCUCGCCGUGUCCAUCCCCUCCAAUUCGGAUCUGGGCACCGCCACCGCUGCCGACCCCGGAACUAGGCGCUCCUCGCGCUAUGCGGCAGAGACGGCGGCGGUGGAGGAGGAGAAGCCCCCUGCGGCGACCCGCCGGGGCACACGGAAGAAGGCAGCGGUGGCGGCGAUCCCCGAAGUGGAGAAUGAAGUGCCGGACGCGGCGGUAGUGGUAGUGGAGGAGAAGCCCCGCAGGGGCGGACGUAGGAAGGUGGCUGCAGUGGCUCCCCCUGAACAGACGGAAGAGGGGGAGAAGGAGGCCCCGGUGGGGAGGCGCCGUGGCGGACGGAAGAAGGCCGCGGAGACCUCUGAACCGGAGAAGGAGGAGGCCCCGCUGGCGCCGCCUGUUGGCGGGCGAAAGAAGACCACAGCAGUUGCUGAGUCGGAGAAAGGAGACGAGGAGGAGGAAGAGGGGGAGAAGGAGGCCCCGGCGGGGAGGCGCCGUGGUGGACGGAAGAAGGCCGCGGAGCCCUCCGAACCGGAGAAGGAGGAGGCCCCGCUGGCGCCGCCUGUUGGCGGGCGGAAGAAAACCACAGCAGCUGCUGAGUCGGAGAAAGGAGAUGAGGAGGAGGAAGAGGGGGAGAAGGAGGCCCUGGCGGGGAGGCGCCGUGGUGGACGGAAGAAGGCCGCGGAGCCCUCUGAACCUGAGAAGGAGGAGUCCCCGCCGGCGCCGCGUGCUGGCGGGCGGAAGAAGAUCACAGCAGCUGCUGAGUCGGAGAAAGGAGAUGAUGAGGAGGAAGCCCUGCUGGUGACGCGGAAGGAGGACACGGAGCCUCCUGAACUGGAGAAGGAAGACGAUGUGGAGGCCCAGAUGGCUACACGCCGUGGGAGGAGGAAGAAUGCUCCGACGGUCGCCCCUCCACCACAGCCUCUGAAGACGGGGUCCAGAGGGGGGCAGGGAAGGUUUACAAGAGCUGCUAGUACAAGGAAGGCCUUUCUAGAGGAUGAGGAAGUGGAGGAAGAGGAAGAACAUGAGGUGGCUGUGCCAAGAGAUCAGCCUGGCAACCUGUCGACUUUGACAGCGGUAAAGGAUGGUGAAGAGGAGGAGGAGGAGGAGGAGAAGGGGGAUAAGGUGACAGCUGACGAUGGAGAAAUCGAGGUGGCUGCAAAGGCAUUGGAGGAGGAAGUCCCCAAGGGGAGGGCUUCUGCUCAGUGUGCUGCUUCUGACAAUGAGGGUGAUGGGGAAAGGGGUGGCGGAGAAGAGGAAGAUGAUCGCAAUGGGGAUUUGCUUGGCAGUAGAAGAGAGGCUUCUGCUCAGUGUGCUGCUUCUGACAAUGGGGAUGAUUGGCAAAUGGGUGGAGGAGAAGAGGAAGAUGAUGGCAACGGGGAUUUGCUUGGCAGUAGAGGAGAGGCUUCUGCUCAGUGUGCUGCUUCUGACAAUGAGGGUGAUUGGGAAAUGGGUGGCGGAGAAGAGGAAGAUGAUGGCAAUGGGGAUUUGCUUGGCAGUAGAGGAGAUGUAGGAGAUGGGGCGAAGGUGGAGGAAUGUGCUGUUAGAAGCAGUCUUGAGACCAUGACAUUGCAGGAGUGGUUCGACCGGAUGGAAAAGUACCUCCCAAGGAUGAUCAACGAGGCUGCGGAUCAGAUGAUUGCGGAGUUGGAGGAGAAACAAAAGCGAGUCCAUGAGUACAUUUCAACGCUCAGUAAGAGCUCCGACCCUUCCUGAAAAUUAUGUCUUAGAUGCUGGAGAUUGACUAGAAAAUAAACUAGAAUCGCUCCUGUGGUGAUAAUCUUCACUUACUGUAGAAGAAUUGGUGGCGGCGUUUGUCCUUUUGGGUAAUAUGGGUAGUUUACUAUCUGGUAGUAGUUUGAUAUGUUGACGUUUGCUCGUUGGCUUGUAAUUAGCUUAGCAUUUUGGUAUGCAUGAUGUUUCUGUAGGUUUCAGGAAUAAUGUUGAAUACUUCCUCCGUUUUGCAA